GUCAGGAAGUUUGGAGAAUAAGGCCUUUCAGCCCUGAGGUCAGCAGGGACAAGUGGGCAGCUGGGCGAGUGUACAGGAGGGCUGGGCUGACCUUUCCUGCGUCACUGAGCAUCCCCUCCUGCAUGGGUGGCCAGGAUUCCUGGGGGAAGCCCCCGCCUCCAUCAGUUGGCCAGCCUGGGGGCUGAGGGCCUGGCUCUCAGCCACUCUUCUCAAGACAGAUGUCAUGGCUUCUGUGGCCCUUGGGGAAAGGGGGUGGGCAAGCCAGGACAAGACCUCUGGGAGACAGAGGGCAGAGGUCGGCCCAAGAGGCAACUCGGAUGUGCCCUCUAGUGGCCGUGUUCCCCUCAAUGCCUCUCCUUUGCCCUCUGACUUCCCUGAACCCUGCAGGUCAAUAUUUACCUGAAGCCAGAACAGAGGUGGAUUAAUAAGGGGCUUGGCCUGCCUGCCCUCAGUAGGGGUCAGAGAGUUCAAGGCCUGCUUUCAUCUCUGCUUCCCCUGGCCAGGUUUCUCUAGACCUGCCCUGUGCCAUGGCAGCCCACCUGCUUCCCAUCUGCACCCUCUUCCUGAACUUGCUCGGCAUGGCCAAAGGCUCCAGGGACCCCGUGGUACCCAACCGGCCCUUUGCCACCAUCUGGAAUGCAAACACCCAGUGGUGUCUAGAGAGGCAUGGCGUGGACGUGGAUGUCAGUGUCUUUGAUGUGGUGGCCAACCCGGGGCAGACCUUCCGCGGCCCUGACAUGACCAUUUUCUACAGCUCCCAGCUGGGUACCUACCCUUACUACACACCUGCUGGGGAGCCCGUAUUUGGUGGCCUGCCCCAGAAUGCCAGCCUGGCUGUCCACCUGGUCCGCUCAUACCAGGACAUCCUGGCUGCCAUGCCUGCAUCCAACUUCUCAGGGCUGGCAGUUAUUGACUGGGAGGCAUGGCGCCCACGCUGGGCCUUCAACUGGGACACCAAGGACAUUUACCGGCAGCGCUCACGGGCACUGGUACAGGGGCAGCACCCUGACUGGCCAGCUCCUUGGGUGGAGGCAGCAGCUCAGGACCAGUUCGAGAGGGCUGCGCAGGCCUGGAUGGCAGGCACCCUCAGGCUGGGACAAGCACUGCAGCCUCGUGGCCUCUGGGGCUUCUAUGGCUUCCCUGAUUGCUAUAACUAUGACUUUAAAAAUCCCAACUACACCGGCCAGUGCCCACCAGGCAUCUGUGCCCAGAAUGACCAGCUGGGGUGGCUGUGGGGCCAGAGCCGUGCCCUCUACCCCAGCAUCUACCUGCCCGCAGCACUGGAGGGCACGAAGAAGGCACGGAUGUUUGUGCAGCACCGUGUGGGUGAGGCAUUCCGUUUGGCCGUGGGUGCAGGGUACCCUGAUCUGCCAGUGCUGCCCUACGUCCAGAUCUUCUACGACAUGACUAACCGCUUUCUGCCCCUGGAGGAGCUGGAGCACAGCCUGGGGGAGAGUGCAGCCCAGGGGGCAGCAGGAGUGGUGCUUUGGGUGAGCUGGGAGAACACAAGAACCAAGGAAUCCUGUCAGGCCAUCAAGGAGUAUGUUGACACGACACUGGGGCCCUUCAUCCUGAAUGUGACCAGUGGGGCUUUUCUGUGCAGUCAAGCCCUGUGCUCUGGCCAUGGCCGUUGUGCUCGGCGCCCCAGUCACCCCGAGGCCCGCCUCAUCCUCAGCCCCACCAGUUUCUCCAUCGAGUCCACGCCUGGUGGUGGGCCUCUGACCCUCCGAGGUGCCCUCUCACUCGAGGAUCGGUUGCGGAUGGCUGUGGAGUUCAAAUGUCGCUGCUACCGUGGGUGGACGGGAACAUGGUGUGAGCAGUGAGUGGGGCAUGUGGUGAUUGGCACAUGCACACAUUGAGUACCUAAUGCAAUCUGGACCCGGCUACAGCUUUCUCAAGUACAGGCACAGUCACAUGAGUCAUGGUCACAGUCAGAAGUACACUCAGGCACUGUCAUGAGCAUAUGCCAGCCCAUUCACACCUGCUUACAGACCAAGAUAGUUGCAUAAGGAGUUAGAGCCUUGGGCACCCACCCAGCAGAGUUAAAAAUAUUUCCUCCAGAGACAUUGAGCCAGUCUUUAAACUGCAG